UUUAUCCCAAAGAAAAGAACAACAGCAAAAUUAUUCUUGCCAUCAAUAAUGUUUUUGCUCAAAAUGACAAAUUUAGAGAAGUUUCAAUUCAUCAUGUUAAUUUGAUGCAUUCAGUAAUUAUCUACUUUGUGAUAUCAGAUGCAGCUGCUGCAGCUUUAUACGUAACUAUUUCUGAUCUUAAGAUCGAAAUAUUCUGUGAUUUCUCUCAAUACAAAGCUGAUAUGCAAUUCAACGAAAGAACCAUUUAUGUUACUAACAUUUCAUUACAAAUGAAGCCUGCCAAUAUCAAACAAGUUUUUGCCAAAUAUGGAACUGUUACUGAUUUUAAAAUAACAGUAAAAGGUAUGUGGCAACAUGCCUAUAUUACUUAUAAAAAUCCUAAAUGUAUUAAGCUAUUCUAUCAAGUAUGA